CCUCGUUCGGCUGGGAGCGGAACCCGGAAGCGGCGGCGGCAUGGGGGAGUCGAUCCCGCUGGGCGCGCCCGUGCCGGUGGAGCAGGCUGUGCUGGAGACUUUCUUCUCCCACCUGGGCAUCUUCUCGUACGAUAAGGCCAAGGACAACGUGGAGAAGGAACGUGAGGCCAACAAGAGCGCGGGGGCCAGCUGGCUGGCCCUGCUGGCCGGGCUGGCGCACCUGGCCGCCGCCGAGAAGGCCUACCACAGCAUGACCUUCCUGGGCCAGAAGCUAGGUGGUCAGUCAUUCUUCAGCCGAAAGGACUCCAUCCGAACCAUCUACACAUCCCUGCAUAAUGAGCUGAAGAAGGUGGUGGCGACGGGUCGCAAUGCACUAGGAGGAACAGCUCCUCACUUGGAAGAGCUGCUUUCUCACCUGUCUGAACAGCUCUGUUUUUUUGUUCAGGCUCGGAUGGAAAUUGCUGACUUCUAUGAAAAAAUGUACACGCUCAGCACCCAAAAGUUCAUUAACUCUGAGGAACUGGUAAACAUUUUGGAAUCCAUCUUAAAGAAAUAUAGCUCAAGAUUUCAUCAUCCAAUCCUCAGUCCUCUUGAAAGCAGUUUCCAGCUGGAAGUAGAUGUGCUUGCGCAUCUCUUAAAGGCUCAGGCUCAGAUCUCAGAGUGGAAAUUCCUUCCAUCCUUGGUCAACUUGCACAGUGCUCACACAAAGCUACAGACUUGGGGCCAGAUAUUUGAAAAACAACGAGAGACCAAGAAGCAUCUGUUUGGGGGGCAGUCCCAGAAAGCCGUACAACCUCCUCACCUCUUCCUCUGGCUGGUGAAACUCAAAAACAUUCUCCUUGCCAAGUUUAGCUUCUACUUUCACGAGGCCCUUAGCCGACAAACGACCGCGUCUGAAAUGAAAACUCUGACUGCUAAAACAAAUCCUGAUUACUUUGGGAAGAUCUCCAGUUUUAUUCGGAAAUACGACGCUGUCAAUGUUUCCUUAAUCUUUGACAAUCGUGGAUCGGAGAGUUUUCAAGGACACGGUUAUCACCAUCCCCACUCUUACAGGGAAGCUCCCAAAGGAGUGGAUCAGUAUCCUGCAGUGGUGUCUCUGCCCAGUGACAGGCCUGUUAUGCACUGGCCCAAUGUAAUCAUGAUUAUGACUGACAGAACCUCUGACCUCAACAGUUUGGAGAAAGUUGUUCACUUCUACGAUGACAAAGUCCAAAGCACGUAUUUUCUGACUCGCCCUGAACCUCAUUUCACCAUUGUAGUUAUUUUUGAGUCCAAGAAGUCAGAAAGGGAUUCUCACUUUAUUUCUUUUCUCAAUGAAAUUUCACAUUCCCUUAAGAAUUCCAAAGCUUUUGCAAGUUUGAAGCCUGGAUCCAAAGGGUAAAACACGUAACCCAAAUUGUCAAGGCAGACUGUCAGCCUUAGGGUAACUGCAGCUUCCAGGAUUACAUAAACUCAUGAUUAUCGUCGUCUAAUUAAAAAGGAACCAUUAUUUUUAAUGAUAUAAGUUCAAUUAAAAAAAAAUACAGCUAACUGACUCUUGGGGAAAAAAAUAUUUUUGGCAGUAUUCAGUGAGAUAACUUAACUGUGGGGUGCUAAAUGGCAGCGGUGAGAGUUUUUUGAGUGUGUGUGUGUGUGUGUGUGUGGUUUCCAAUUUGCAGUAUGAUUUAUUUUUUCAGUCCACAACUUGGUUGCCUGUAUAACAGAGGAAUAUAUGCACUUUAUUAUAGUCUGAUCUAUAGAGAUUACUGAAAAUGUGAUGAGGGUGGAAAAUGUGUAUUUUCCGAAAACCAAAAAACUGUCUGACAGGAAUUACUUCUGGGAACUGUGCACUGAUGGAAGGGAAUAUUGAAAUGUGUGAAUCUGCAAGAGCACGUUUUCAAUAAAUAAGAUACAUGAAUCACAAAGGAACUCGCUAAUUAAAACACUUUAAAAACAGUUGAGAACUGAUACUGUCUGUUAAGCAGCAGUUUAUUCCAAACAAGCUCUGAAGCAUAAAGCUGCUUCAGAACACAGGCUCAAUCAAAUAAAGCUGAAGCAUGUUUUGGGAGCAGAGCGUUCCCUGCAGUGAUGAGACCCUGUGUGUAUCUGGCUCCAACUGAAGCUGGAGGAGUUUGAGCAGGUGGUUUAGAUUGGAAUGGUUCCACAGAAAAGCAGCAAAGCUCUUUCAAGUUGUGCUUUUGUUCAGCUACACGUUAAAAAAGCGUGCAGGAGGAAAUACCCUUUGUGAGUUAUUUUACAAUUUGCUGUCAGGGCCAACUUGGAUAUACUUUCAGAUUUUUGGAAGUUUGUUGUUUUUAUUCUGUUCUGUUUUAAAUGCUUUCACAAGUAAGCUAAAUUGCAACUCUUGGAAUUUUGAUUUUCGUUCCUUUGCAGUGUGUUUUCCUCAUUCUGAAAUGUCUGUUUCGCUGCUUAGUUUUUCCAAAUCCGGAGGCUAGAAGUGUGGUUUCUGAUUAUUCUGAAAGUGCUGUUCAUUUUGAGAAUUGAUAUUUCCCUGUGUCACACACGGCUUACAGGCUUAUACUGUGUGUUUCUUCUGACCACUAUGCAGUUUCUUUUGUGGGAAUUCAGGAGGGAAGGAUGUGGCUCUGACACACAGUUUAUGCUGGUGUAGUCAAGUUAGAUCCUUAGCUAACACUGUUGAGGCUUUGAAGCAGAACAGAUACCCUUGGAUUUUAAGUUUUACUGAGUACCUUCCUCUCUUGCAAAGGGUUUUGGUAGCUUGUCUCACCUCUCCUGCAAGUGCUGGUUUCUUCACAGUCACGUGAGAAUGCUCUCAUCUCAAAGUGUGAGCUCCAGUUUUGCAUUUUGUGCCAGAGAGUCUUCCAUGUUUUGCUAUAAUUAGGUGUUGGUCUGUUGAAAAUAUCUGCUUCUUCCUUUUUCCUAAGUCUUAGUCUAGCUGCAGUAUCACCCUUAAGAUUUUGAAGAGGCUCCUUUUUGUCACUGGAAAAGGAGAGGUAGAUACACCAGCAGCAGACCACCACCUGGUUGUAACAGUGUUGCACUUUGCAUCUCCUGUUGUCCUUUUGUCCCAGUGAAACUCUAAACCCUCCCAAGACUGUCUUUUGUGUGCUUACCUUCUUUCAGAUAGUGGCUUUGUAAUGUUGUCGUGCUAUUGACUUCCUCAGCCUGAUAAGAGAGAAGAAGCUGUCACCUGAACCGAUUCCCAGUCUUCAGCAGUGUAAUAAAGUGUUGCACGAA